CGAAGAAAAUGUCCAAGUGCUUGUGCCUGAAAAUUGAAAAAUAUUUUUAUUAGAAUCUGUAACAAGUAAUUAUGUUAUCUAAUGAAUAUUAUCGAACUUACCUCGUUAAUCUUUUAUUGAUUUUGUGCAUCGGCUCUGAUGGAGGAAGAUAUGUCGAGAAGCAAAGAUAUGAUGGAUGGUACAAUAACAUUGCGCACCCCGACUGGGGAUCUGUUGACAACAGAUUGAUCAGGAAAGGACCCUCGGCAUACGCAGACGGCGUCUAUAUGAUGGCCGGCCAGGACAGAGCAUCGCCGAGAAAGCUGAGCGACUUGUUUAUGAAAGGCGAUGAUGGUAUUGCGUCAAUUAAAAAUAAAACUGCUCUAUUUGCAUUCUUCGGUCAAUUGGUUACUGCUGAAAUUAUAAUGGCGAGCGAAAGCGGGUGCCCUAUUGAAUUCCAUCGGAUAGAAGUUGAAAAAUGCGAUUUUAUUUUUGAUAAAGAUUGCCAGGGCAAUAAAUAUAUUCCGUUUCUACGGGCUGAUUACGAUCGCAAAACUGGGCACAGUCCCAAUAGUCCUCGCGAACAGAUUAACAAAGUGACAUCGUGGAUAGAUGGCAGCUUUGUUUACUCCAGCAGUGAAGCCUGGGCGAACACAAUGCGAACUUUUAAAAACGGGAGUUUCGUAACCGAACCAAUGGGACAGUUCCCAGUUCGGAAUACGAUGCGAGCGCCGUUGUUCAACAAUGCGGCGCCUAGUGUAAUGAGGAUGUUAAAUCCUGAACGUCUUUACUUACUAGGAGAUCCGCGAACAAAUCAACAUCCAGCCUUGUUAACCUUCGGAAUAAUUUUCUACCGGUGGCACAAUGUCAUUGCCGGUCGUGUCCAGCGGGAAAAUCCAUUUAUGUCUGACGAAGAUAUUUUCCAACGCACACGUCGAAUAGUUGUAGGAACAAUCCAGAACAUUAUUAUGUACGAGUACUUGCCGGCGCUACUGGGAGAAAAAUUACCAGAUUAUCAGGGCUACAAGCCAGACAUACAUCCGGGUAUCAGUCAUAUGUUCCAGAGCGCGGCAUUUCGUUUUGGACAUACCCUCAUACCACCUGGAAUUUAUCGGCGCGAUGAUAAGUGUAACUUUCUAAUGACCCGUACAGGAAAACCGGCAAUAAGAUUGUGCAGUACUUGGUGGGAUUCUAAUGAAGUUGUUUCCAAUAAUACAAUAGAAGAACUAAUAAUGGGUAUGGCAUCCCAAUUAGCCGAACGAGAAGACAAUUUACUGAGUGAUGAUAUCAGAAAUAAUUUAUUUGGCCCGAUGGAAUUUUCACGGCGCGACCUUGGAGCGCUCAAUAUCAUGCGUGGACGUGACAACGGGCUACCUGAUUACAAUACUGCACGUACUUACUUCAAUUUACCUAGAAAGACUACCUGGAAUGAUAUAAACCCCGAGUUAUUUGCCAAACGCCCGGAUUUGUUGCGAGAAUUAAUUGAAAUUCACGACAACAACCUCAACAACAUUGACGUCUACGUCGGCGGGAUGUUAGAGUCCAUUGACGGGCCUGGCGAGCUAUUUUCUACGGUUAUUAAAGAGCAAUUUAUACGCCUACGUGACUCGGAUCGUUUUUGGUUCGAGAAUCAAGACUCUGGAGUAUUCACAAAAAAUGAAAUUGAAGAAAUCCGUCGAGUAACUCUCUGGGACGUGAUAGCAAACACAACAACAAUAGACCCUUCAGCAAUCCAGCGGAACGUGUUUGUUUGGACGGAGGAAGAUCCUUGCCCUCAACCGGAGCAAUUAAAGGGCUCGAUGCUGGACUCUUGUGCCCCGCUUCAAAGAUACGAUUACUUCAUAGGAAGCGAGUUGGUGUACAUCUACGUCUGCGUGUUCAUAGCAUUCAUCCCGAUUCUCUGCGCCGGAGCCGGGUACGGCGUGGUAAAACUCCAGAAUCGGCGACGGAGAAGACUGAAGAUCGUCCAGGAGUCGAUCAAGCGACGCAGUGGUCGCACAGGGUGUAUUGUUGCAUCCCUAAAUGGAAACGGACGGAUCGACAAGAUGAUUGUCAGAGAAUGGCUGCAUGCGAAUCACAAGCGGCUUGUAAAAGUUAAAUUCGGUCCUGAAGCUGCGCUGUACAUUGAGGACCGCAAAGGCGACAAUCUUCGGACGUUUGAUUUCAGCGCGGUCAAUGUUGUCGCCGUUGAGGAGUCUCAGGAAUGUGAGAGCGGUAACGGAAAGGCUUUGGUACUGUUGCGUAUUCCGCGAGACUACGACCUUGUCCUUGAACUAGAUUCUCACAACGAUCGUGGAAAGUUUAUAUCUAAACUUGAAGCGCUACUUGGUAUCCAUAAGAAACAUCUCACUAUUGUCCACACCAACCGCGACAUAAUGCUCGCCAAGGCCGAGACCAAGGAGCGACGCCAGAAAAAACUCGAGCAGUUUUUCCGGGAAGCUUAUGCUCUUACUUUCGGAUUGAGGCCUGGAGAAAAGCGCCGUCGUAGGAGCCAGGAUACUGAUGACGGUGAAGUUGUCACUGUUAUGAGAACUUCGUUGUCGAAAAGCGAAUUUGCAAGCGCUCUUGGAAUGCGACCCGAUGCGGUGUUUGUUAAAAAAAUGUUUAACAUCGUCGACAAAGAUAAAGACGGACGGAUUUCUUUUCAGGAAUUUCUGGAUACUGUACUCCUGUUUUCACGUGGCAAAACCGAAGAUAAACUGCGGAUUAUUUUUGAAAUGUGUGACAAAGACAGUGACGGAGUGAUUGACAAAGAAGAGUUGUCUGAAAUGUUGAGAUCAUUAGUUGAAAUUGCACGGACUACUAGUUUGUCUGAUGAUCAUGUCACUGAAUUGAUUGACGGAAUGUUUCAAGAUGCUGGACUGGAAAGCAAGGAGAGCCUGAACUACAACGACUUCAAAUUGAUGAUGAACGAGUACAAGGUUGAUUUCGUAGCAAUCGGAUUAGAUUGCAAGGGAGCUAAACAAAAUUUUCUAGACACCUCAACAAAUGUCGCACGUAUGACAAGUUUCCACAUCGAGCAGCUGCCUUCGGAGGCCUCUAAAUGCUGGAUAAGAAAGCAGUGGGACGGGGUCUCCACUUUCCUCGAAGAGAAUCGUCAAAAUAUUUUCUACUUGUUUAUCUUUUACGUCAUUACUAUCGGGCUCUUCGUCGAGAGAUUUAUACAUUACUCGUUUAUGACCGAGCACACGGACCUCAGACACAUUAUGGGCGUGGGUAUAGCAAUAACCCGGGGCUCAGCAGCCGCCCUGUCGUUUUGCUACAGCCUUCUUCUGCUAACGAUGUCACGAAAUCUUCUAACGAAGCUCAAAGAAUUCUCGAUCCAACAAUACAUACCGUUAGACUCUCAUAUCCAGUUCCACAAAAUUGCUGCCUGCACGGCACUCUUUUUCUCCGUGCUACAUACUGUGGGACACAUAGUCAACUUCUACCACGUGUCUACCCAGCCUACUUCUCAUCUUCGUUGUUUGACGAGUGAGAUGAACUUUCCGAGUGACGCUCGGCCCACUAUUUCCUUCUGGCUCUUCCAGACAAUUACCGGUGUCACUGGCAUCCUGCUGGUCGUUGUAAUGACGAUAAUCUUCGUGUUUGCUCAUCCGACAAUCAGACAAAAGGCUUAUAAAUUUUUUUGGUCGACCCACAGCCUCUAUAUUUUAUUAUACGCGCUGUGCCUGAUUCACGGAUUAGCAAGGCUGACAGGCGCUCCAAGAUUCUGGAUUUUCUUUGUUGGCCCAGCAAUUAUUUACUCUCUGGACAAAAUGGUCAGUCUGCGCACCAAAUACAUGGCACUAGACAUUAUUGAGACAGAAUUGCUGCCCUCCGACGUGAUAAAAAUAAAAUUCUACCGUCCGCCAAAUUUAAAGUACCUAUCUGGCCAGUGGGUACGUCUAGCGUGCUCGGUCUUCAGGUCUAACGAGUUUCACUCGUUUACAUUGACCUCUGCACCACAUGAGAACUUUCUCUCAUGCCAUAUCAAGGCCCAGGGUCCAUGGACAUGGAAGCUUAGAAACUAUUUCGACCCGUGUAACUACAAUCCGGAAGACCAGCAUCCGAAGAUAAGGAUCGAAGGCCCCUUUGGCGGAGGCAAUCAAGACUGGUACAAAUUUGAAGUCGCAGUUAUGGUAGGCGGCGGAAUUGGUGUUACGCCUUACGCUUCUAUGCUUAAUGACCUCGUUUUCGGUACCUCUACCAACAGAUAUUCCGGUGUCGCUUGUAAAAAGGUUUAUUUCCUCUGGAUUUGUCCCUCCCACAAACACUUCGAGUGGUUUAUCGACGUACUGAGAGACGUAGAGCGUAAAGAUGUAACAGACGUUUUGGAGAUUCAUAUUUUCAUAACCCAGUUCUUUCAUAAAUUUGAUCUACGCACGACGAUGCUUUACAUAUGCGAGAAUCACUUUCAAAGGCUGUCAAAGAAGAGUAUUUUCACCGGACUGAAAGCGAUAAAUCAUUUUGGGCGGCCUGACAUGACGUCAUUCCUUAAAUUCGUCCAGAAGAAACACAGUUAUGUCAGCAAAAUUGGGGUAUUUAGCUGCGGGCCACGUCCAUUGACCAAAAGCGUGAUGUCCGCUUGCGAUCAAGUUAAUAAAGGCCGUAAAUUGCCCUAUUUUAUCCAUCACUUUGAAAAUUUUGGAUAAUAGCUGGCUUAAUAUAGGCCUUAAUAUUUCAAUUAUAGUUUGUCAAUUUGUAAAUAAUUUUUAAUUAA